AUGGCGCAAUUGUACCUGGAGCUACCUCUUGGAUUUUCCGGCGAAGCCAGGUUCGCCUGUGCAAGCAUGCAGUAUACCGAGAUUCUUAGCGAUGAGGAGCUUGACUCCCUGGUUCAAGAAGGAUUAAUGUUCUCUACAACUCCUCGCAAGAUAUUCGAGAAGCUAGGCGUCGGAAUGCUUGACUGCCUAAGAGAUGAGCAAAGCACAAAGUCUGAGUUGCUUCAGGAUACCGAAGGCUCCUGGCAGCCCAAGCAACUUCCCUUUGCUGGCGCAACGCCGGUCUCCAAUCCGGCGUCGCAAACAGUUCAAUCUACAAGGAAGGCUACGGGAAAGGCGGAUAGUUUCGGCCAUCGCGUACACAGAACAUUCGCUCCGAUAUCGACAAACGGAAGAGUUGUUCGCCUAUCCGGCGAGGGCGACAUCGAGGCGGCGCAUUGGCAGAAGGUGAUCGCGAACCACAGUACUGCUCCGCGGAACAUGUUGACAGCGAAAGACGGCAACUUUAAACGGGAAGAGGCACCCAAGAGCGCCGACGACAACAUCAACCUGAUCAACAUAUGCACUUCAUCGACCGCUAUAUCCAUUCUUGAGAUAGGAGCGCUGUUGUUACAUUUCUCAUGCUAA